AUGGGAACGAAAAGCAAGUGGGGAUCCCAUAAGCUGUUACACAUACUCCAAAGAAAACAAAGUCCAAGAGUUACCUCAAUACUUCUGAAAUCCCAGAAUGAUGAAGUUCCUCCUAUGCCCACCCCUCUGUCUCCUCUGCACAGCUUAUCCCGAAAUAACCUUCAGGCCUGGUGCCAGAGACUCAGUAUCAGUAAAAAUGGCUGGGACACCCCCAGCACGGAAGAAAAGGCCCAGUGGAUAAACAUCAAAAUGGAAACUUCAGUUGAGGAAGAUUGUCCAGGUGAGGUGGCUAAAGCAGCAGAGACACUGACAAAUAAGAAAAAGAAAAGAGAGGUAACAAAGACUCCUCUAGUCCAGACAGCCAAAAUAGCAGCAUGGGGCAGACUCAUGGCAACAGUGAAGUCCAAGGUAUGUGUAGUACAUGGUGAAGCUUUUCCUAAUGAUGUCCCUGGUUUAGUUCCUUUGAAAUUCCAUGGUGGACAGACCUGGGUGCCUGAAAAUGACAUACUGAUCCCUCUCUUGUUAUUGCCCACCUGCUCUUUUCCACCCCCAGAAGUAGAAGACAAUUGGUUGUGCCCCAAAUGUGUCUUCAGGAACAAAAUCCUGAUGGAAAAUUUUCUGUGA